AUGCGUUGCUCUCUAUUCGUUGUGAUUACCACCUCAUGGGCCGCGGCCGUGGCGGCCCACUCUUCAAGUUCCGACGUUGGCCUUCACGCCGCAGCAGCUCCCGAGUGGACAAUCGUCGAGAGCCACUGCUGGUCUGACACCAAGUACAACAUCCGAGCACUAGACCACCACGCCGUGAACUGGGACACCGGCUGCGCAACCAUCGAGAAGUGCCUGGCCGCCUGCGAGAUCGAAGGGUUCUGCCUCGCCGGCCUCGAGUACGGCCACGAGUGCUGGUGCGGUAACGUCGUCCAGGGUGAGGUCCGUCCUGUGCCGGACAGCUACUGCAACCACCCGUGCUCCGGAGACCACGACGAAAAUUGCGGGGGGUAUGGCUUCAUGGGGCUGUACAUACGGAGAGGCUUCAAGUUCAUCAUCGAACCACCGAGAUAUUCCCAUAGGUACCCUGACAGGCAUGACUACGGACUGCCAGAUGGUCUAGAUUAG